AGUUGGGCGGAUGGCAGAAAAAACAGGGUGAGCGCUGAUGGAGAUAAAACGGCAGGGCGUGCGUUCGCCGCGUGACACCGCGAAUAUCGGUCAAAAACAACUGUAAAGUCAACCCUUUCCGAAGAGUAACGCCGGGGAAACAAGAGGAUGUUUUAUCCUGGUGUACCUUGCCCUUGAUUGAAGAAAAGGAUUUGCCUGUGAAUACCAGGUGUAGCGAACCUACCUCUACCUACCACACCUUCUCUUCAAGUAUCCUCAACCAGUGAUGGUAAGAGAAGAAAGAAGAGGCCACCAGUGCGUUUAUCUCCCAGCACCGUUCCCAACUGUAUCACAAUGAGUUUUCUGCCUGAUCUGUGGAUGGACAGCUGCUAAUUUGCAUGCCGCAGAGUGUGAGUGGAGUUGAGAUGAGGAAACAGCAGCAGGCCCACAUUGAAGGACCCCCUCAGGCCCCCGGGCACCCGAGACCGAACACCUGCUGUCUGUGCUGGUGCGGCUGCUGCAAAUGCCUCUGGAAUGAAGAGAAUAGGGAACAUCCCGAGCGACAAACGUGUACAAAAAUGGACAGCAUAGAAGCGACAGAAGAACAGCAUCCCACACUGGAUGAAGUUGUAGCCUGGGCACGAAGCUUCGAGCUCAUGAUGCGCUCCACAGAGGGCAGAGACAUUUUUAGGCAGUUCCUCCGCUCGGAGUACAGUGAGGAGAACCUGAUGUUCUGGAUAGCCUGUGAAGAAUUAAAGAAGGAAACCAACCCAACAGCUAUAGAUGAGAAAGCAAGGCUCAUUUAUGAGGAUUAUGUGUCUAUCCUGUCACCAAAAGAGGUCAGUUUGGAUUCCCGGGUGAGGGAGGGCAUCAACCAGAGCCUGGCAGAGCCCAGCAGCCUGAUGUACGAGGAGGCACAGCUCCAGAUUUACACGCUCAUGCACAGAGACUCAUACCCACGUUUCCUCAACUCAUCUGUUUACAAGGACCUCCUGGAACGAAAGAGAGCCUGCUUAGACACCUAAAAGGUUCCAGCCAAAAAAACUUGAGACAAAAAAAAAAAAACACGUCCUACGGUGCCACUACAGAAAGGUGUGAGGUUUCCUAUACAUAGAGCGAGUAGUUAAGCAAUUCUUACCGUCCAGUAGUGAGCCCGAAGUUCACUUCCUGUUUAAGUGCCAAUAUGAGCUGCUCAGCCAACUGUGACAAAAAGAAUCGUGUAAGGAAAACCAUCCGAGCCCUACUUCCUGUUCUUUACUUCUCACUUCUCUCCUUUCCUCUGUCUGUCUCUCUCUCUCUCCCCUCCACCUGUCCUCCUUUCACUUGCCUCCUGUGUUUGAGGACAGCUGAAUAAUGAUCAUUUUUAUGAUUGGAUAAGAGUUGUUACAACAGGUAACGCCUGACUUUGCAUGAUACAAGAUUUCGGAAAUGGUUCUAGCUUUGACGUUUAACUCCUGGCAGGACUGCAGUGGUUUUCGAAUAAGAGAAGUACUUCUUAUGCUGUCAUGAGGAUAGAGAGCCUUUAAAGCUCCUGUAUGCUAAGGGAAAACGUAGUUUCGCCCAUCUUUCUGUUGGAAGCGUCACCACCGUCAUCUGUCUGCCCGAUUUCUCCUCCGUCUUAACAGCUUUUUUUCACUGGGAUAUGUAAGGGCUAGUGUUGUGGUUGGGCAGCUAAACAAACCAUCAACAUGACGUUCCUCUGCAAAAAUCACAAUGCCUCGAUAUUGAUUAAGGGCACAGAAGCUGCUGACGCUGACCAACAACCACAGUUUAAUUGUGCGCGUCCUCCCAGGCCCUCCCAGUCCACUCUGUCCCUGAGAGAAGCACAGGUACUGUAUGUCACUCGUUGUAAGCAUUUGCUGGAUUAAAGAGUUUUUGCUUGAAAAUAAAUCAGCAACAUCUCAGAGGUACAUGAGAGAUAUAGAACUGUCAUUUUACAUUGAAAUGCCUUUUUCUUUUUUUCUUAAGUCUUAAGGUUGUGAACACUGCCUUGUUUUUAAAGGCAUCACUGUAUUUGAAAUAAUGACUUCUGUCUUUGUUCAGGCACUGCACAAUGACACAUUUUUCUCAGAGGUGAUGUUACAUAACAUGCUUCUGGUUUUAAUAUAAAAGGGUUUUUUUUUGUUUGUUUGUUUGUUUGUUUUGUUUUGUUUUGUGGACUGAUGUGUAUUGAUGGCUAGCUGAUUAUAUAUGUAGGCUUCAUGGACUUGUCUGUACGAAGCAUUUUGACUGUUGGCCGCUUUGUGGUGAUAGUGUUUUAAAAGAGGCCACCAGGAACAGCGCACAUCCCAUUAGCAUGCGUUCACGUGUUCGCGCGCCGAACACGUCCGGAUCCGAAUAACCACUACGGAUUGGAAAUUGCGCCGAGCGUUCUUGAAAGCGCACUUUUCUACAUGGUUCGGAUUUUUUUUUUCUCGUCCCUGAAAAUGACAGUAUUUUCAGUCGAAUUUUCUAAGAUUCAGACUUGGAUCUUUUGCUGUCAGUUCGAUUUCCUGUUGCAGCGGCCAGUGCAUGACAAAACAGUAUGUAAAUGCCUGCUUGGUACCACCACGUUCUCGUCUCUUAGCUUUUAAUGAGAGUAAAUUACGCCGAUCAUUCUCCUUUUUCAACACUCUUCGAGUUUGAAGGUGGCACUUUGAUGAAAUGGCUUACUAAUGAGUGAGCCUGUGUUUGUUUAGGUUUUUCUGAUUUGUUUUUUAUUUUUUUCGGUGCUUGGAAAAGCACUUAAAGUGCCAAUCUCUAGAUGUACAAUAAUUCACUGAAGACCUUUGUCACUCAACCAGCAUUGCACUGAUGCCAUUUUUAAAAUCACUGUAAAAGCAUUAGUGGAUUCACACAUCAGCAUCAGCCAAUGCGAAAAGAGAGAACUAGGUCAGCCUGCAAAAGCCUUUUACACGUCUUUAAAAAAAAAACAUGCCAACGUGCAUGCGUUUUGGACUUAAACUGAAUCGGAGUGCGUUUGUUUGUCACUCACCAUUCAAAAUGUGAACUUGGUGACUCAAAAGACAAUAAGGGAAAUUUACUGAAUAUAACUUGUAUAUGUUAAUAGAUAUAUAUUUAGAAAGAAACUUAAUACAUCUAGUGUCAGAGGGGCCGAGUGGAAAUUCACGGCAGCGUCGAGUCAUCUUAGGUUAGAACAAGUGCUUUGGCCUUGUAGGAAAUCACUGAAAGUGUGUGGUGAGAUUUUUUUUAAUAGAACCACAUUCAGCGUGCCAUUUAUAAGCCCUUCCCUCCAUUCGAAACGCCGUCGGCGUUGGCGUACGUCACAUAUUAGCAGUUUCCAAUUGAAAGCAUGCAGCCUCGUUUAUUCCUAAUUUAUUUCUGUUGAAAUUUCUUUAUCAGUGCCGAAGCAUUGGGAAGUCAUGGACUUGAACUGCGUUUACAUUUAAACAGUGUGCCAUGCAGUUUGAGACCAUCGCCUGGAUGGGUUUUUUCUUUAGACACGUCACACACAAGAAAUAUUUCAACGCUGAUGACAGCGUGCUGCAGAUUUUUGUGUUUUGGUGUUCAAGCCAAAAUAAUAAUAUAUGUGAUUAAAAUUAAUCCAUGACUGGGGUUUUGUUUUUACGAUUCACUGGAAUUGAUGAAUAAAUAAAUAAAUAAAAACGAGUAAAUGUUUCAUUCGACUAAAAGUUACUGAAGAGACGAACUAAGGAUUUAUUCUGAUGUGGUAGCAACUCAGAUCCUCAGUGAUGUCGGAUACGCUAAAAUGUUUCAGCUAGCGUUCAGACGGGAACCCGAUUCCCAGAUGUCAUGGAUUAAUUGACACAUUUGGUGUUUCCGCUUUGGCUUGAUUUUAUCCUGAAUAUACGAGACGAAGAGUUUUCGCUUGAAGGCUGAUUCAGGGAGCAGCCAGUUAUCGACUGAUCGUCGCAAAAACACGGCAUUGCGUGAAACUCUCUUUCUCGCCGGAAAAGGCUCCUUGUUUGUUUGUUUGUUUGUUUGUUUGUGUGUUCUUUUAAACAUGCAGAACGAACUCUCUUACGAUCACGUGCGAUCAGAGGAGCUUUGUAGUGACUGACAUGUCUCGGAAGAAUUUCAUCGAAUUUCCUCUACCUCUCAUGUUGCAUUUUUAAUUUUGUUCGUUUGUUCACAUUUAGUUACAAUUUGUUUUCUUUUGAUCUACUUGAAGCCUAACACUGUAAAUGACAUGUGCACAUGUAUACUGAGGUUUGACAAAGAGUAGCUAUUAUUUGUUGAUUUUAUUUUUAUUUUAUUUUUUCACUCAGCAUAAUUAGAUAAAGAUUCAGGAAACACACUGUUUAAGGGCUAAUCUCAUUUUGCCUAUGCAAAUAUGUUAAGUGUCAGACCGGGAGAGACAAUGGUCGGGGGACGUUUUUUUCAAGAAAUCGGAUGGAACAUGGUUUACAUUUCCCUUUGCUGAUAUUCUUCAGUCUAGGACGGAAAGAAAAAUGUUUUGUUUUAUUUCUGUAUAUAAAUAUAUAUAUAAAUAUAUAACAAAUAUAUGAUAAUAGUAUACCUUAUUGAUUAAAAAAAAAAACUCAAUUAACAUUCAAUUAAAUAAA